AUGUCCCCACAUAGCAUUGAUGAUGCAGAGCAUCUGGUGGCAUCAAAUGGCUUCCACGACGCAGAACCCGUUCCGCAGCUGGUCAACGGCCUCGCCAACGCUCACCCGCCUACAUCGUCUCUUAAGAGCGAGUUUCUCCGAGCUGUCGACCCUGAUUCGGUGCUAGACUUGGUCUGUGUGGGCUUUGGGCCCGCUAGUGUGGCCAUCGCAGUCGCUCUCCAUGACGCCAUGGAUGCCGGCAAGGUGUCCGAGACACCCAAGGUGUUGUUUCUAGAAAAGCAAGCGGAAUUCGCCUGGCACGCGGGCAUGCUGUUACCGGGCGCCAAGAUGCAAAUCUCCUUUAUCAAGGACCUGGCCUCACUGCGCGACCCGCGAUCAAAGUUUACCUUCCUCAACUACCUGCACAAGAACAACCGACUCGUCGACUUCAUCAACCUUGGCACCUUCCUGCCCGCCCGCGCUGAAUACGAGGACUACUUGCGAUGGUGUGCCCGGCACUUCGACGACGUAGUUUGCUACCAGACCGAGGUGGUUUCUAUUGCUCCUUUGGAGGAAGCAGGGCCACGCAAGGUUUUCACCGUGACGUCUCGAAACGUCAAGACUGGCGCGAUUACCACGCUCCGGUCACGCAACGUCGUUGUGGCUGUCGGCGGUCAGGCGUCGAUACCCAAAGCCCUCCCGACGCGACACCCUCGUGUUAUCCACUCGUCGCAGUAUGCCCAGCUCGUCCCCAGGAUACUUGACGACAAGGGGGCCCCGCAUCGGGUGGCCGUCAUUGGGGCCGGCCAGAGCGCGGCCGAGAUCUUCAACAAUGUCCAGGGGUUGUACCCGAAUAGCAAGACACAUUUGAUCAUGCGUUCCGAGUUUCUGAAGCCAAGCGACGAUUCCCCAUUCGUUAAUUGCAUCUUUAACCCCGAUUUUAUCGACACCGUCUACCCCAAGCCAUUUGCCUCUCGAGCCAACCUCCUUGCCGACGCGAGAGCCACAAACUAUGGUGUUGUCCGGCUAGAGCUCAUUGAGCAUCUAUUUGAGGUCAUGUACCACCAGAAGCGGACGCUAGGGCCUGAUGAACACAAGUGGCCGCACCGUAUCCUAGCCGGCCGGGAUAUCGUGUCUGCGGAGGAUAUGGGUGACUCGCUUCGGCUCAGAACCGCCUUGCUACCUGUCCCAGGGGUGGCUGACGCGCCCUUGGUUGGGCAGGAGGAGUUGGACGUAGACCUUGUUAUUUGCGCGACGGGGUACAACCGCACGGCACACCUCGACAUGCUUAAGGAGGCGUGGUCUCUGCUACCGGAAGCCACGGCCGACCAAAGCGCGGUCCCGAGAAGGGACCGAUGGCUGGUGGAAACCACAAAGGGAGACGCUUCUUCCACCCGUCUCAUGGAGGUUGGACGGAAUUAUGGUGUCCGUUUCUUGCCAGGCAGUGUGGCUCCUGGAUCUGGUAUUUGGUUGCAGGGUUGCUGCGAGGCGACUCAUGGUUUGAGUGAUACCCUUCUGUCUGUGUUGGCGACGCGAUCCGGGGAGAUAGUGGAGUCCAUUUUUCGAACAGAGGCCUGA